CCCAAAGUAAAGUAUCGACUGUCCGCUAACAAUUUCUCCAUCUGCUCAGUAAACGUGGCAGAUGCACCGUCGAUGCGCCUUUACGGCGGAUCCACUUGGUCUCGCAGGGAACCUGCACGCCACGAGUCCCUUCUUCUUCCAGUCCAUUCGCCACGUACCUUUUCUCACAUACUCGAAACUUCGCUAGAAACGUCAAACUAAAAACUCUAGACCAAUCCACACAUCCAUCCAAAAAGGUUCCACAAAAUUAUUAGAAAAUUGAAGCACUAGCCGGUAUUAAUAUCAAAUUAUCAAUCCGGUUUUACCUACAAAAAAAAUAAAAAAAAUCAUCAGCAUAAAAUAACCAAAAAAUUUGAGAAUAGAAAUCAAAUUCUACGGAAAAUGACUGACGGAAGUGAUGAAUUCAGGUUGGUAUCACCUCCCAUAGACAAAGAAGGAAAGCUGCCAAGGAAAUAUACUGGCGAAGGACAAGGUGCGAAGAAGAAUUUGUCGCCGCCGUUGGAAUGGUACAACAUGCCGGAAGGGACUAAGAGUUUGGCGUUGAUCGUGCAGGACCUUGAUGGAGGUGAGCCCGAUGGGCCUAUGAUGCCAUGGGCUCAUUGGGUGGUGAUCAAUAUACCUCCCACCCUGAAAGGGCUGCCGGAGGGAUUCUCCGGUAAGGAAGAAGAUAUGGGCGGGGAUUACGCCGGUAUUAAGGAGGGUAACAAUGAUUGGAAGAUUCCUGGGUGGAGUGGUCCUAUGCUACCCCCGCCGGUUCAUUCUCAUGGCCAUCGGUUUGAGUUUAAGCUGUAUGCCUUGGAUGAUCAGCUCCAUCUGGGAAAUAAGGUGACAAAGGAUAAGGUAUUGGAAGCGAUUGAAGGACAUGUUCUUGGAGAAGCAGUCUUGAUGGCCACUUUCUGAAGUUAUAUACUAUACUGCCUUCGGUUUCCCCUCCGUCGCAAGUCGCAACCCCCCAUGAGAGGGAUUGUAGUGUUGUACUUCUAUGUGAUUUUUGAAUGUAAAAAUCCUAGUUGACUCGAAGUAGGUUGUUUGAUUUGAUAUUAUGCAUGUUUGUGUUGGUUGGAGCCUUUAAUUUAGCUUGGUUUUGGAAGAAGUGAAGAACAACAGAACAUAUAUAUAAUCUAAUCAGAACAGGUAUCUGCCUUCGCGCUGAAAACUUAUUGCCUCUACUACAAUCAAGUUUCUUUGCGACUUUGCCUCCUUGCGAAAUAUAAAGUCGCACGAUCAUAUGAAUCG